UCGUUUCAGCUUUGAAUUUUUAUCAUUUUCGAAUAAUCUAAUUAGACGGUGAGUCUAUCGUCGCGUAUGUCAAUGGGUGUUAAACGUCAAAAUCUGUCAGCAGAACGUCGAUGUCGAUGUCAAAACUUUAAAGUUGUAUAUAAAAUGGCGUAAAAGAUUUGUUUAGAACAAAAUAAAUUGGGUGUGGCUGUUGUGUUAAUUGCAAAUAAAGAAAAUCUCAGAGUGUUACAAACUCGUAUCGUUCGUCUGCCAAUGUGUGAAAUUUCCGGGUGCGGCGCUACAAUUACAUGUCUUAGGUUAUGCUCCAACAUUUCGAGGAAAACACGGAAUUCUAAGUGAAAAACGCCGCCUGAAAGUGAACAUGAUUUCUUCAAAAACACUUAAAUACUGUUAUAGAGACUGUAUAUAAAAAUGUCACGUUUAGCUGAUUAUUUUGUUGUUGUUGGAUAUGAUCAUGAAAAAGAACGAAGUGGUAUUAGCAGAGGAAUAAUAUUACAAAGAUUUCCACAAAAUGACUGGGAUGAUACACAUUUUAUUGAAGGAAUAGAAUGGUUCUGCCAACCACAAGGAUGGGCUCUGUCCACAGAAAGGCAAGAGCCAAGAUUUUUUGUAUCUGUACUUACAGAUAUGGAUGCAAACAGGCACUAUUGUGCCUGUCUUUGUUUCAAUGAAACUGUCUCUAUAACACCCAGUAAACCUGUAGAUGAGGAGGAGGACACAGUCGAAGGGGAAGCCCCCUUGGUACGACCCUUGCCUUCCAUUACACAUCAUAGUAUAAUGUACGCUCCUAAAUGUUUAGUGCUUGUGUCAAGGCUUGAUUAUAUAGAAACUUUUAGAAACUGCUUGGGCAUAAUCUAUACCGUGUACAUCGAGAACAUGCCGGUGCCUCUGGAGACACUCGUGGGCAACAUCUUGGGCUGUAUUCAGGUGCCGCCGCCAGGCGGCCCACAAGUUCGUUUUAGCAUCGGGGCGGGCGACAGACAGGCCCUGCAGCCACCCCUCAGUCCCUCUCUGCCCGUAACCCACUCGUCGGUCAGCCUUCUCUUCCAACAGCUCGGCAUCCGGAACGUGCUGACGCUCUUCUGUGGCAUCAUGACGGAACACAAGAUUCUGUUCCAUUCGAAAAGCUACAAUAGACUGACGGAGGCGUGUAGGGCGCUCACUGCCUUGAUGUACCCCUUUAGGUAUACGCACGUGUACAUUCCGUUGCUACCGGCCCCGCUUGUGGAGGUUUUGUCCACGCCCACGCCCUUUAUUAUGGGGGUGCAUUCGUCGCUGAAGACGGAAGUUGCAGAAUUGAUGGAUGUAAUUGUGGCGGAUUUGGACGGUGGCUCGAUAACUAUACCGGACGGCAUCUCCUUGCCCCUAUUGCCGGAACCGUUGCUCAGUCAAAUGCAGGACGCCCUCAGCAUCAUCCUGCAACCCGAACUGACAUGCGCAGACCACGGCUUCCCCCCACUAGCAGUACGGGCGCCCCAACCCGUGAUGCUCGACAAAGAAAUACGUGCCGUGUUCAUGCGGGCGUUCGCCCAACUCCUACAAGGCUACAGAAGCUGUCUGACUUUGAUCAGGAUACAUCCCAGGCCCGUGAUCACGUUCCACAAGGCGGCGUUCUUGGGAGAAAGGAAUCUUAAGGAUUGCGAUUUUACAACUCGGGUGUUGGACUGCAUGUUCUUCACCAGUUUCGUGUCCGAACGCGGUCCGCCGUGGCGGCCGUGCGACGUGUGGGACGAACUGUACGCCACGCUGGGCGAACUGCUCAAAUCCGAAAUGCACGAGCCUCGACUCGUACUUACGCACAUCCAAGAGCUGGCACAGCAGCUCUACACGAACGAAACGCCUAAUCCUCAAUCUUAUGCGCAGAAAAUUCCUGUGCCCAGCGACGGCGCCUUCGCCAGAAUCCAUCAGCCGCCACUGCCCAAAAUAUGUCCAGAGCAGGUGCAGGCCAUCAUCGACGAGGGAUUCAAAAAAGACAAUAUUAAAUCUAGCGGCGACUAUUCAUGGUUGUCAGCGUUGAGACCAAUACAACCUCGAAUCGUACCAAUGGGACCACACAUCUCGAAUUUGAACGAGAACAAAAACAUCGUCAGCAAUUCAGCACGUAGACUCGAGGUACUGCGUAACUGCAUCAACUGCAUCUUCGACAAUAAGAUAUCGGACGCACGCAAAACGUUCCCCGCCGUGCUGCGUGCCCUGCAAUCGAAACAAGCCCGCCUGGCCCUAUGCAACGAACUCGCGCAACACGUGAGCGGCACUAAGGCGAUGUUGGAACACCAACAGUUCGAUCUGGUGGUGCGACUAAUGAACUGCGCUCUCCAGGACGACUCCUCGAUGGACGAGCACGGUGUGGCAGCCGCCCUGCUGCCUCUGGCGACUAUUUUCUGCAGGAAGUUGUGCACUGGCAUCAUUCAAUUCGCGUACACGUGCAUACAGGAGCACGCCGUUUGGCAGAACCAGCAGUUUUGGGAGGCAGCCUUCUAUCAGGACGUGCAGAAGGAUAUCAAGUCGCUGUACGCAUCACGUUUGGACACCCUCUCCCCGAGAUUGAACAAUGACCCAUUGAUCAGUCCAACAUCUCCAAGGGAUAGCAAAGAUUUUUCGUGGCAUAAUCGCAGAUCUAUCCUAAAUAGAGUGCACGAAGCGACAGCGUUAGAAAUAGCGGCUGAACAGAUGCGCUUGUGGUCAUCCAUGGAUGCGGAAAAGCAAAAGGAACUGGUCACCUGUGAAGAGAACACAAUGUACAGCCAAGCAAUACAUUACGCCAAUCGUAUGGUGUAUUUAUUGAUUCCCCUGGACAUUGGAAACAAGACUCAUCGUCAAGACGUCUAUGACGACGAAAGAGCUAGCAAUAGUAUUGCAAAUAGUGUGGCGGAGAGCGACAGCGCCGAUGCCGAGUCCGGCUUCGAGGACCAGGACCCGAGCGAGACUGGACAGACGGUGAUUCGGCUCGUGUCGCGUUUUAUCGACAAGGUGUGCACUGAAGGGGGCGUAACACGCGAACACAUCCGCAACCUGCACCAAAUGAUACCGGGCGUUGUUCACAUGCAUAUCGAAACGUUGGAGGCAGUCUACAGGGAGUCGAAACGGCUGCCGCCCAUCCAGAAACCGAAGAUCCUGUCGCCGAACAUGUUGGUGGGCGAGGAAUGCAUCAUGGACGGACUGCGGGUUUAUCUGUUACCGGACGGGCGGGAGGAGAGUACUCCCGGACAGCUGGGUGGACCGCCGCUAUUGCCUGCCGAAGGCGCGAUCUUUUUGACCAAUUACAGGAUCAUCUUCAAGGGCAUUCCAGUCGAUUCAUUUGCAUGCGAACAAGUGGUGGUUAGAUCAUUCCCCGUUACUUCAAUAACCAAGGAAAAGAAGGUGACCGUUCACUUAGCACACUUGGAUCAGCUACUACAAGAGGGACUGCAGCUUCGAUCGUGCACGUUCCAACUCAUGAAACUGGCAUUCGACGAAGAGGUGACCGCCGAAAAUAUCGACACCCUUCGCAAAUUGAUACACAAGAUACGACAUCCACCUGAUGUGUUCCAUCAUUUCGCUUUCACUGGACAAGUGGCUGUCAUCCAAACACCAUUGCACAAGAACAAGGAAAAGAACGCGACCCUCCGUGGUUUCGCCAAGAAGACGCUGCUUAAAACCGCACGCAAAGCAGGUUUCAAACAGAAAUCGUCCAGUAAAAGGCAGAAGUACGUGUUGCACGCCACCAGCAACGGGAACAAAUAUCUCACGUCGCCGGGUAGGAUGAGUCUACCCAUUGCGGAUGAUUACAACCAUGAUGACGAUAUGUCCAUAGAUGACUUCGAGUCGGGACCGCCAAGCAUCCAGCAAGCUCCCACCGACGCCAAGACCCUUGAGCGUCUCGCUGAGAGGAGUUACGUGCGGGAUUGGCAACGGCUGGGGCUCUGCGGCAACGACUCGUCGCCAGCUACAAGUAGAACUUCGCCCGACCAAUUCAGAUUGACCUCGGUGAAUUCUAUUUACAUGAUGUGCAGGAGUUACCCCGCAUUACUGGUGGUUCCUUCGGCUGUUACCGACGAAAGCAUCCGUCGUUUCUGUCGCUGCUACCACCAGGGUCGUAUACCGGCCAUCACCUGGCGCCACCCGCGCACCAAAGCGCUCUUGAUCCGCGGCGCCGGUCACCACGGCAAGAGCGUGAUGGGUAUGCUCAAAAGCCACCCGACGGCGAACGCCUCGACCGAAACGACAUCCUCGUACGAACAGGAACGGUACAUGGCGGCGCUGGUCGCCGCCACUCCCGUUUUCGGUGUGAGGGCGCCUGGCUCGGCAUGGGGUAUGUGCGACAGUUCACUCAGCAUUGACUCGUUGCUGAUCGCAGCGGCGGACGACGGCUUCGCCUGUUCGACGCUCACGCCGGAGGUGGCACGUAGAACCAACGCGUUCAAUAAAGCCAUCGGUACAUUGGCAGUAUUUCCGAGAUCUUCCGGAGGCAAAGGCCCCAAAAAUUUCGGUCGUUGGGGCUCGUUAAAAGACAAACGACAGAGCUCUCAGGUUUCUUUAGCGAAUGCUCCUCCAAGUCGCUCAAAUAUCCGCCACUCUACCGAAGUUGAAAGCUCAGUGGAAGGAGUACAUACAUUACAGAAGGCAGCACUCUAUAUCCUUGGCGAAAAGGCCCAAAUGAAGGGCGUGAAAUUUGAAUCGGCCCCUAAAACCGAUUUCAUCCCUGUCGAGUAUUACGACAUCAGACACACGAAGGCAGCGUUCAAAAAACUGAUGCGUGCUUGUAUGCCCAGUUCACAAAACGUCGAACCAGAAAACAGUUUCCAUAAACUGAUUGAAAAUUCAGAGUGGCUCCAACAAAUACAAAACAUAAUGCAGCUUUCAGGGGCAGUUGUGGAUUUAUUGGAUCUACAAGGAUCAUCAGUGUCGAUUUGUCUGGAGGAUGGCUGGGAUAUAACUGCUCAGAUUUCAUCCAUUGCUCAAGUUUGUUUAGAUCCCUUCUAUCGUACAAUCGAAGGUUUCCGCAUACUUAUCGAGAAGGAAUGGAUCGGAUUUGGGCACAGGUUCAGCCACAGGAGCAAUUUGAAUGCCAACUCACAAACUAGCGGUUUCGCUCCAACUUUCCUGCAAUUCUUGGACGUCAUUCAUCAAAUUCAGAAGCAGUACCCCAUGGCCUUUGAGUUUAAUGACUAUUAUCUGAGGUUUUUGGCGUACCAUUCAGUAUCUUGCAGGUUCCGUACGUUUUUGUUCGACUGCGAAUUGGAAAGGGUUGAAAGCGGAGUGGCCGCCAUUGAAGACAAACGUGGCUCGCUUACAUCUCAUCAUAAAAGCGUGGACACCAUUUCGGAUGACGAAAACGUAUAUCCGGGAGGGCGUGUCACCGCCACUACCACCGGUACGAAUCUCGGUCAAAGCGUCUUCGACUACAUAGAAAAACAACACGCUCGUACACCGCAUUUUUUCAACUUCAUGUACACACCGGAUUUCGAACAUCCGGUGCUGAGGCCGCAGUCUCACUCACCCAGUUUGGAGGUCUGGGAGUAUUAUUUGGACGAGGACUUGAAGCAUGGGCCCGGUUACGACCCGGAGAUCAUACAACUGGACUCGCAGCAAGAGGAGGAGGCCGAGGCAGCUGAGGGAAUUAUGAACAAAUCUACGAGGAGGAUUGUAACUCGAGGUUACGAUUGUGUUACUGUAAGUGUGCCAGAUGCAUUUAGUCAUUUGUUAGAAGAGAUACACAGACUGGAAACUGAACUCGGACAUCUUCCGCAAAAAUGGAAGGUACUGUGGGAUAAACUAGAGGUUCCCAUGACGGAUUCCCUCACGAGACACGCAUCCUUUAGCACGGCACUAGUACGAUCCCACGGCAGGUUAGUGCACAAGAGGUCAACCCUGGAAAUAUUAAUGAGAGGCAAGAUGGUCGGAGCUACUGAAACUUCGAUGGUUUACUCGCAUCCCCACAGAUUCGACCGGUACAACUACACCACACCCACGUACUGCGAUCACUGUUCCAAUUUAUUAUGGGGGCCAGUUAAGACUGGUAUGCGUUGCAUGGACUGCGGCUAUAGUUGUCAUGAGAAGUGCAUCGACGGCGUGCCGAAGAACUGCACCAAAUACAAAUCAGUGUGCGAUUCCUCCAACGUGCAGACAAUGGGUGGUGGAAACGCCGGCGAUAACGCCUCGGUCAGUUCUGGCAGCGCUCGUCAGACCUCCAACCAACAGUAUUACGAGCAAUUCUCGUCGAACGUAGCGGAAAAUCGGACGCACGAGGGAUAUUUGUACAAGAGAGGGGCAUUGCUUAAGGGUUGGAAGCAGCGAUGGUUCGUACUCGAUUCGAUAAAACAUCAAUUGCGAUAUUAUGAUGCUGUUGAGGACUCCCAUUGCAAGGGAUAUAUUGAUUUGGCGGAAGUAAUGUCCGUCACUCCAGCUGCACCAGCGCCUGGCCCUCCAAAGAAAACCGACGACAAAUCCUUCUUUGAUUUACGCACUAGUCGAAGAAACUACAACUUUUGCGCCAGCGACAUGGCAACGGCACAAGAAUGGAUCGAAAAACUCCAGGCUUGUCUACAGUAAUAAGAUUGAAAACCAUAAUACUCGUUAUCCAAAGGUAGUUAGUCAAAAUUCCUUCUUUAUAAAUAGGUUGACAAUAAGCGAUUUUUAUUUUUAGUCAUUAUUUAUAUUUUUAUAUGUAUUGCACAAAUAUUAUUAUAUGUUUAUUUAACAAAAAGUUCUUAAGUGUAUAGUGAAACUGUUAUAUUUACAAAGUGUAUAUUAUUAAUUUUAAAUUCAGCUCAAAUAGAUAAUAAACGUAUCAAAUGCGACCAGUUCUCGACCGAAUGAUGUACACAAGGAAAGCACAUCAAAAUAUCAUAUCUGUAAUAUUAAUGUGUCUCACAGUACAUAGGAUUCAUUACAUCAAGUGAGUUUCUUGUGUGGCUUUCAUUCAUUAAGACAUUGAAACUGGUAACAUAUUAUAAUUUAUUAAUGGGAGAUCUCUUAUGCACAAUUAACACAGCUACAAACACGUAACGGAACACGUUUAAACUUUUUAUUUAAUGAUGUUCAUUAGAAGUGGACAAAUAUUGUAACUGUGUUAACUAUAUCCUCUUAUAAAUCGUAUAUUUUAUAUAAGCUUUAAUAUUAACUUUUUUUCCAGUUUUGAUAAAAAUAUUUAAUGUAUGAAUUUUGUUAUUUAAUCAUGUACUUUUAAAAGACAAAGAAAUGUUUCAAAAUUUUUAAUUUUUGGUAGUAUAUUAUUAUUGCAAUAUCAACCAUUAAGAGACGUUAUUUAUAAACCCAAAUCUAGGCAAUGUUUUUAAGAAAUAUUUUAUUUACACUUCGACUGCUUUAUAAACUGUAGUAAAACUACCGAACAUUCCCUCAGGCAAAUGUUUUUACGUGUGAGUUUCCGGUGAAUUAUAUAAGUCGCACGAUAAAUGUUUGUGAGACGUUGACCAGAACUAGUCUUGAAAAUUGAAACAUCUGUUUUGGGUAUAAAUGUAGUUAAUAACCAGUCAGUUUAACGUUGUUAUAUUUGUGAUAUAUUAUUGUUAUUGUUAGGUUCCUAACUAUGUUAACAUUUCUACUUUCCUGCUUCUACUGCAAUAUGGAAUAACUGCCAAAGUGAAAUAAAUAAAUUCCUUCAA